AUGCGGUGUGCGUGCGCCCCGGGCCUGGGCAUGAAGGCCCAGAACAUCCGGACCUUGGCUCUGAUCGUGUCCACACUCUUCUACCUGCUCAUAGGGGCCGCUGUGUUUGCGGCGCUGGAGUCAGAGGCGGAGAGCUCCGGGAAGAAGGUCCUGGAGGAGAAGCUGCAGCAGUUGAAGGACGCGUACGGCUUCACAGACAGCGACUUCAGCCAAGUGGAGAAAGUGGUGCUUCGGUCUGAGCCGCACAGCGCCGGCCGCCAGUGGAAGUUUGCGGGCUCCUUCUACUUUGCCAUCACUGUCAUCACCACGAUAGUUCAAGGCUAUGGCCACGCUGCUCCAUGCACUGAUGCGGGGAAAGUGUUCUGCAUGUUUUACGCACUUCUGGGCAUUCCUCUGACCCUGGUGAUGUUCCAAAGCCUGGGAGAACGCAUCAACACCUGCGUUCAUGUUGUGCUAAGUCGGGGGAAGCAAAGUCUUGGCCUGCUGAAGACGGACGUGUCUAUGAUCAACAUGGUUCUUGUCGGGCUCCUUUUGUGUUCCGGUACUCUUUGCAUAGGAGCUGCUGCUUUCUCACACUUUGAAGGCUGGUCGUUCUUUAACGCUUAUUACUACAGUUUCAUCACUUUAACCACUAUUGGAUUUGGAGAUUUUGUGGCCCUGCAGAAGAAGGACACUUUGCAAAGGAGGAUGACGGCCCUAUCCGCUCCCAUCCGGAUGAGAUGCAAGGACAUUGUAACCCAGUCUUCUUCAACUCCAUCUCCUACAGGGUGGACCAAGUCGUAA